AUAAAUUAGGGCUUCGGCUUACUAAUUUUAGUUCUUUGUUUUGCAGAUCAGGAAUUUCGAGAUAUUGCUUUGUUGUUGAGCGGUUUUGAAAUUGCUUGGAUUAGUGAAGUUUCUUUGUAUAAGCUAAAGUGGUCUUUCAAGAUUUGAGGAGAGAAGGUGAUUUGCUGGCCAGUUAGGCUGGCUUCGUCUAUUCAAACACGGCUCUAACAAGAGAGACUCGUAUUAAGAUUAGAAGGGGCGAAGAAUGUGUACAAGCUUUUCCUAAGUUCUUGAUUGCAUCCCCUUCAUUUCACGGUGGUCGUGGUGCCCUACCUUCAGCUGGUGGGCAUCCAGCGGAUCUUACUUUCCUUGCCGGUGGUGGGUGCUGAUAUGGGCAUCCAGUAGAUCUAACCUCAAACCAUUGUACUGGCAUUCUAAACAUAUUUUUUUCAGUUUGUUAUCAGUUUACUAAUAUUGUUAAUUUGAGCAUGGUUACCGUCAAGCAACUUCAAAAUAACAAAAUUCUGCCAAAGUCUGAAACAACAGAGCACUUAAAAUGUCCUUUGUUCUCUUUUCAAGGUGUCAAAACCCCUACCUACAACUUAGGUAGCCAAUCUCUUGGUGAGAAGACUUCCUCUGGAGGACUUUUAAGCAAUCCUGAAGAAGAACAGAGUAUAUUGGAUGCUCUUUUGCUUGCUCAGUGGGAAGAGCGGAUGUGGAAAGGUUAUUUCAGAUAUGAUGUGACGACUUCUGAAGUUAAGGUCAUCAGUGGUAGAGGAAAGUUCCUUGCUCAAUUGACUGAAGAGUGGAGCAUGGAUUGUCUAUCAAAAGCUGAGGACAGUAAAGUCUGUCAUCAAAGAGAUUCGUUUUUGUUUCACAGAAUCAACCACCAUGAAGAACUACUCUUUUGUGUUGCAAGCAGCGACAAGACGAACUCUGAGUUCAUUCCUUUAGCUGCUGUGCCGAAUGGUGCCAUCUUGAUUAUUGUAAAUGCAACCCCACUGGAAUAUGGCCAUGUCUUCCUGGUACCGUAUGGCCCUAGCAGACUUUAUUUGGAUUCAACAUUCUUGGAAAUGAUGUUGAGGGUUACCGUUGAAAUAAAUAACGAUUCUUUCCGCUUGUUCUAUGAUUGCUCUAGUGCUGGUGCUACUCAUAUAUAUUUUCAGGGCUGCUACUUUCCAAAUCAUUUGCCUGUGGAGCUCAUGCAUGUUGAUACUUUCUUUAGUGAUGGGCAGAAAGGAAUUCGUAUCAGUACAGUGACAGAUUACCCCAUUAAGACUCUCCUUUUUGAACACACCUGCAAUAUUAAGAUUAUGGUGGAGCUUAUUUCUGAGAUAUGUUCUCAUUUACAGGAAAAGAACAUUCCCCAUAAUCUUCUAAUAUCUGAUCAUGGCAAAAAGAUCUUUUUGUUCUUUCAGAAACAGACAACCUCAUCCGACCUUUCAGCUUGGGAAUGUGGCGGAUAUUUCUUGUUCAGGUCAAAGUAUGAAUUCGAUCAAGUAACUGAGGAGGCUAUGCUUAUACAUCUGAGCACUGUCUCACUUGAUGAUGCAGGCUUUGAGGCAGUGAAGCAGCUCAGUGGAAACAUUGCAAGUAAGCUUGUCAUUUGAUCUCGAGUCUGUCUCGAUGAAUUUAUGGCACAAAAUAGCUGCAUAAAAGUCUUUCUGAUCUAUGUGAACAGUGAAUACAUAUGUUUGUUAACUAUUUCAAAUUUUUCUUGUGUUUGGGUAAGAUAUCUUUGGAAGGAUUGAAGUUGUUUAAAUGGCGACGAGUUCUUCUAAUAUAUCGCAUUUAUGUGUGUUAGAUGUGGUAUAAGUGCUGGAAAAUCCAGUUUGGAUUUUUUCUGGAGCUUUGGCAAAAUAUUAUUUCGCUUCCUGCCAUCGGAAUCUAUUGCAAGCUUUAUUUGUAGAUUAUGAUUGAAUAAUAAUACUAUACAUACAACAUUUUUAUACAACAUUAUGUGGCACAAGAUGAUUGGGUGAAAGUUUAAUUUUAAUCUAAAAUCAGUCAAUCAUAUUUUAUCACAUAAUGUUGUAUGAGAAAUGUUGUAUAAAUUUGUUGUAUGUGUAGUAUUACUUAUGAUUGAAAAAACAGUUGAUAACAUAAGGUGUGUUAUGUUAUAAAUAUAUAAAAAAUGAUUAAUUUUAAUGAUUAUGUAUUCAGAAAAUAAAAGUGUAUAAGGUGCGUUUGGCUGGGGGUUAUAUGAGAUUGAUGAGGUAAUGUUAUUUUA